AUGACAUCCCCAUCAGCAGCGCUUAUGCAAAGCAUCCGCUCAGGAACCACUCACUUUCACACCAUGAGUCCUAAAGACCGGGUCAAGCUCGUCGGAAUCAUGGGAUACUGUACACUCGCCUUUAGUGCGCCAUUUGCCGGAGCGGCAGAGAUGAGCAGACGUACACGCGACGACACGACCUAUGCAAAGAUACUCAUAGGNCGGCCUCUCAGCUACAGAGAUUGUCUUGCAUAUGGUUCUCGCCUCGAAGACUAUGCUGGUCUUGGUCGCAAAUCUUAA